AUAAAUUAAUUCUGGUAUGUAAUCCCCUAAUCCAGCAUAAGCAUAAUUGUAGUAACAAUUGGAAAUUUUGUAAAAAGGAUUUGAAUAACUUGUUCAAAGAGUUCCAGAAACUAUUCAUUUAUCAUGCUUAUCCUAAAAUAAUAAAGAUGUUAAUAGAUAUUCAGAUUGUAUUUUAUUAAUGUUUAUGUAAGGCAUGAUGAAAAGAAGUAAGAGAGUUGAUAAAGAGAUGAGAUUAUUUGAUUUCAAGAUGGUAUUUAUGGGAAAUCAAUUUGAAAGAUGCAUUUAAUCAGGGGAUACUGAUAAAUGUGUUGAAUCAGCUAAAACAGAUGUUUAGAGAUAUAUAAAUGAAUUCCAAAAAAAUAUCAAUUGAUCAAAUUAUAUAUUUUAAUGAAUUUAUAUGACUCUCAAAUAUUA